AUGGCACGCAACGAAGAAAAGGCGCAAUCGAUGCUCUACCGCUUCCGCGAAGCGCAAGCCGCGGAACUCGGUCUCUCGCAGAGGACGGACCGGCGACCGCGCGUUGCGUCGAGUUGUAAGGACCUGAGGCAGUGCGAGAGGUGGAGGGGAGAGAUCCUGAGGGAGAUCAGUCGCAAGGUUUCCAAGAUUCAGGACGCCGGCUUGACCGACUACGAAGUGCGCGACUUGAACGACCAAAUCAACAAGCUGCUCAGGGAGAAGUACCACUGGGAGAACCAGAUCAUUGCGCUCGGCGGUGCCAACUACAAGCGGGCGGCGGGUAAGAUCACGGACGCGGAUGGGCGGGAGGUGCCGGGUCAACGAGGGUACAAGUACUUCGGACGCGCUCGCGAUCUGCCCGGCGUGCGAGAACUCCUGAACGCCUCGGCCGCCGACAACGCCGAGCUCGAGUCGUACAAGACGGUCAAGGCGACCAUGUUUGACAACGCGCCUCCCGAGUACUACGGCAACUUGGCGGAGCAGGGAGAGGAGGGGAAGCGGUUGCUCGAGGCAGAGGCAAAGGCGGAGCAAGCAGCGUGGGAGGAAGCGGUCAGCAACCUCGAAGACGAGAUCGAGGACGUCCCCUCCAUUCCUCUUCCUCAACGAACGACCAUCUCCCUCGCACCUCCUUCAGCCGAACCCGAUGCCGCCGGCAAGCGAAAAGCACCCGCCUCGGCAGCAAGUAAGAAGAAGACUAAGCUGGCGGACGGGUCGGCAGCAGCGAGUCAGGCGGGAUCAGCGGCGGCAGCAGGGUUCGAGAGCAUCUUCACGGCGGACCAGCUGCAGCCUCCGAAGCUGCUGAGUGCGGAGGAGAUGGAGAAGGCGUUGGUCAAGAGGCAGAAGGAGAUGCUGCUCGAGGAGUACGGAGUUGAUGGCGAGCAGCAGUAG